AUGGCCUUUCCUCCGCCUGCGCAUCCUGGACCUGCCGAGGAUCAGCUUUUAGUGCUGCAGGGCGACCAUAGGUCCUCCUUUGUAUGGGAGGGACAGCUAUCGGAGCAGCCUCUCCGCCCCAGGAGGCCCGACGAUUUGUGGGAGUUCAUCGCGGAGCAUCCUUUCCAUGGCCGCGUAGUCGAGCGCCUACAGGCUACGGGCUUCUAUACGAUUGUUCAGCUUGGACGGAUGCAGCUCGAUUGGUCUCUCAUCACGGCGUUGGUAGAGCGGUGGCGACCGGAGACGCAUACUUUUCACUUGCCCACCGGAGAGGCCACCAUCACGUUUGAGGAUAUUCAGGUUUUAUACGGGCUUCACGUGGAUGGACGGGCCGUGGCACUGCCCCAGUACAUUAGAGGGAUGACGCGUGCCCAGUUUUUGGAUAUGAUGGGGGAGUUUACUGGUUUUAGACCAGAGGGUGGCGCUGGGGGCAGUCGCGUUCUUUUGUCAGCCAUUAGAGAUCAGAUGGUGUUUUUGCACCCAGACAUUCAUGGCGAGACGGAGGAUCUUUGGAUUGAGAGGUACACGCGGUUGGCGUUGCUCCUGCUCUUCGGGUGUCUCUUGUUCCCGGACACUUCGGGGAGUAGAGUGACUAUGCGCUUUCUCCAUUAUCUCCAGCAGCUGGAUGAGUUACCGCAGUACAGCUGGGGUUCUGCUGUUCUGGCAUACCUCGUCGAGUUGGUUGCUCAGCUGCUCGCAUGUUGCUCAGUCGACCGGCUGCUUUGGAGCACCUCUGUGCCGAUGAUCUUCUUCGAUCACGUUGAGUAUCAUGCCACAGAUCGUGUGCUUCGACAGUUUCACCGUCCCCAGCCUAUACCGAGGGAGCCUGGAUGGGAGGCUACACACUAUCAGCGGGACGACCGCGGCAGCAUGGACCAGCGGUAUAUGGGAUAG